AAACACCUUUUUACACUUGGCUGCAGUCCACGGAGGCAGUUUGGAGACGUCCGCGCCCUCUUUUCAUUCUUUCGCUUUCUCCUUCACUUCGGUACUUUCCAGCUGAAAGUGUGCGACGUGACGAUAUAACAGCAAUUUACCGUAUUUUACUAGAUCUCUUCAGGAACCAUGGCUCUUAAAUCACAUAUUCCUCUUCAUGGAUUUAACCUCAACAUUGUGAAACAAUGUGGACCUGCUCUGAGUGAUAUCAUUGAUAUCAAAUAUCAAUGUGUGGCCACCUUCGAAGGUGUGGAUUUUGACAGUGAUAUAAGUUUUGGACAGCAGAAAAAACAGACCGUUGCACCAAAGAAGAGGUUUUCUGUCAAGCUGCCUUCAGGUGUUACAGUGUCUGUGUGGAAGGCUGAUCUCACCAAUUUCAAAGUGGAUGCUGUUGUCAAUGCUGCAAACUCUUUUCUUCAGCAUGGUGCUGGCCUUGCUCAAGCCCUAUGUGAAGCUGGUGGUCCUCAAAUCCAAAUGGAGAGUGACAAUUACACUAAAAAAUAUGGUUCCUUACCAACAGGAGAAGCAAUUGUCACUAAUGCUGGGUCGCUGCCAUGCAAGAAGAUUAUUCAUGCUGUAGGUCCACAACUGCCAUAUAACCCUGGUGGUUUUGAAGUUUCACGUGCUGAACCUCUGUUGGAGAGAGCUAUCAUGAACAUUCUUCACAGUCUUCAGGAACAUCAUCUGCACACUGUUGCCAUUCCUGCUAUAAGCUCUGGGUUGUUUAACUACCCCUUGCCAAAAUGUGCAAACACCAUUGUAUUAACUGUUAAAAGAUACUGCGAAUACCUUUCUCGAGGAAGCUCUCUUGAGGAGAUCAUUUUUGUGAACAACGAUGAGCCAACAGUCAGAGAAAUGGAGAGAGCCUGCUGUCAGUUCCUAGCUCCGAAGCAAUACAACCAAUAUAACCAGCACAUGUCAAACAGCCAGGCAACAGGAAGCAACAGCAGAAGUGCUGCCAAAGCGUCGAGUGUUACCAUCCUGAUUGGAAAUGUCAAUCUGACAUUGAAGAAGGAUAACAUUGAGGAUCAGAGGACUGAUGUGAUUGUAAAUACAACAUCACCAGAACGAGAUUUAAGUGUGGGUAAAAUCUCUUCUGCUUUGCUGAAGAAAGCCGGAUUUGGAAUUCAAGACGAAAUCAAAAAGGCCUUUCCAAUAAAUCAUAUCUUCAUCACAAACCCCUACAAGCUGGCUUGUAAAGAGGUGUUUCACACUUUUUGCAAGGAAAAGGGGAAAAGAGGAUCAAGCCAGGUCCUUUCCGACUCGGUAUUGGGCUGCUUAUGGAUGGCAGCUUCAAGAAAGCACAAGUCAAUUGCCUUUCCUGCAAUUGGCACAGGAGCCCUCGGGUUCACUAAAGAAGAAGCAGCACAGCUCAUGUGCGACGCAUUGGCCAACUUCGCCCAAAACUUUCCAGAGAAGAUGGAAGUUUACUUUGUCAUAUUUCCUGCUGACAAUGACACAUUUCAGGUUUUUAAGGACAAAAUUAAUUAUCUCCAGCACAAUGCCUCUCAAUCCAACUUUACACAAGAAUAUGACAACAAACAAGACGCUCAUUUCAAAAGAGCAUCUUCUCCACAGAUCAGCCUGUGUGGCCCAUCUGAAGAAUCAAUACAUGAGGCUAAAAAAUGGCUCACUGACCUCUUUACAUCUUCUGGCACCAUUGAUAUUUGCAACAACUUCAUCCAGCACCUCAGUGAGAAGCAAUACCUGCAGCUCUCUCGUCUAACCAGAAACGGUGUUAAGUUCGAAGAGUUUCUGACGAAUGGUCACGCCUGCCUAACACUAAAUGGGGAUUUAGUUGAGGAUGUUGUAGUUGCUGCAUUACAGGUGGAGGCCAUGCUCUGCACUGUCCAGAUGGAGUUUGUCAAAGAGGAGGAGACAGAAAUGUGCCUGUUAGCUAAUGAAGCAUCUCUUGAAAAAGAAAGAAAGACAAGAACAGUUGAUGACUCAAGUCCAGAGUUCACAGACAGAUUCUCUGCCUUCAAACAUGAGGGGCUGAUAAUAUUAAAGGUGGACAAAGUGGAGAACCAAAUAUUGAAGGUGCUGUUUGACUUCAAGAAAAAACAGUUGGGGUGCUCCUCGUCUCAGAAAAUGUUUCAGCAGAUACCUGCACAGUUCUGUCAGAUGGUUAGCCAAAUUGGUUUCCAUGCAGAGUGUGCACCACCUGAAGACCCAGAAUAUGGACAAGGUAUCUACUUUGCUAGGACAGUGAAGAAGGCCAUGGACAUUUGGAUGUGGAAAAAUGAUCAGUAUCUGUACUUUGUGGAGGCUGAUGUGCUGACAGGGGAGUCCACCAAGGGUCAGCGAGGUCUCAUUCUGCCACCUGCUAAAGGAACAGAUCCGAAAGUUAGGUAUGACAGUGUGAGUGGAGGGUCUGACAUCUCUGUCAUAUUUAGCAGUUAUCAAGCCCUGCCCAGGUACAUCAUCACCUGUAAGAAAAAGUAUACCGAAAUGGUCUAAAGGGUAUCUUUAAUGAGCAUAUUUACUAUUAGAAAGAAAUAACUGUUUGUAUCAGUCAUAGACUCAAUAUAAUGGAUAUUAGUAGCAAAAUAUGAAGGAAUGACUGGGCUUAUUUUUCUCAUAAUGUAUUGCUGAAUAAUAGCAGCAGCAAGUUAUCAAAAUCUAUUUUAUCACCGCACUGCUGCAAGGAGUAGAACCAAUCACAUGUUUAUCAAUCAAGAUUGUAGUUUUUAGAUUGAAAGGGUUCAUUUGUUUAGUGGCAUCUUGUGACUUCAUAAAUUUAGACAUGAUUAUAACAGCAAAUGCCACAAUAAAUAUGAAAAGACUUUAUUCUAGCUUUGCUUGUCCAUAAAAUAAUGGUGGUGGUGAACUCCAUGAUGAAUGGGAGAAUGAGUCAUAAUGGACAUGAGUAGUUACAGUUUUCCUGUGUUGAUGUCAAAAUAAAAU